AUGGUGAGAAUCCCACUGCUUGUUGCGGCUGUUGCAACGCUGCGCCCCUUCGGCCGCGCAGUGCGGCCCAAGAGUGCGGAGUUGGACCUCCAGCCCGACCAUGUGUUAUUGGCGCAGCAGUUCCAGCGCCUGACGCCUCGGUGCCAGGAACAGUUGGAGGGUCUGCAGCGAGACCUGAUGGUUGCUUGCCAGCUCAGAGAGUCCAGAGGGCAUGACUGCAACAAGAUAGUUGGUAACAUCUUCUCUGGCUGGGCUCGACCCAGGUUUUUUGAGACCUUGGCUGCAUCUGACAAAGAGGCCAUGCUCUGGGCGGGGAUGUGGGAUGGCGCUGGAUCAGAACCAGGCCGUACCACAAAGCAGGCCCUCUUUGAUUUUGCCGACUCGGUGGAUGCCGACACCGUCCACCCCAGCUCGAAGCUCGGCAAAAUGGUUGCAGAUCAUGGCGAUCUUGAAGCGUGCAACAAAGACCCGGCUGUGUAUGAAGCAUUCACAGAUUCAUCUGACAACAAAGGUUUGAUUCCAAACUUCUGGAACCAAGCCAGCAAGGUAUUUGUCAAGGGUAUGGCCAACAAGAAGCAGGUCAGCGUCGUGAUCGUCGUCAACAAGGACUUGAAUCCACAGGCCGAGCGCAGCUUUCAGAAGUCGGUGCUAUACAACUACGAGCUGCCCGAGCUGGCCCGGGAGGUGAAUUGGUCCUUCGAAGACGGAGACCCCUGGCACCCACAGGUGGUGGUAGUGGACCUCAAGGGCACCUGUGAUGAGAUGUUAAAAACCAUGAAGGAAAGGAUCGAACAUACCGUGUUGAACGAGUUUUGGGUCCAAAAGUGGCUCAAAAAGAAGCCCUUACGAUGCCUUCCUUGCACUGCGCCCUGUAUGUUGGAUGAGAACUUUGCAGAGAAGGUGAAGAAGGAGUUCAACCGGAAGUGGUACCAUUUCUGGUAG